GUUGCACCGUAUGACGUGUUCACGGAACUCGAUAUUUUAUUUCAAUUGAGGGAGUUAGACGAAUUCGUCAACUUGUCGUGCCAGUUUAAUGCUCAAGUCCUUGUUACAGUAAAGUAUGAAGGCAUUUGGCUUUCGGAGUAAAAAUUGUGGCAUUUUCGAUGGUUUUAAAUCCGUAUUUCCACUGUUCAAAUGGCGAAGUUCUCUCUACAAAUUGUGCUAUAAAGAACUUAUUUUUCUACUCAUUCCAUACCUGAUCCUGACCGUCGUAUACCGAUAUGCUCUCAACGAAGAUGGGAAGAGACUGUUUGAAGAGCUGGUCCGUUAUUUUGAUCGAUAUUUGGAAAUGAUUUCUCUUCCAUUUAUCUUGGGAUUCUAUGUUGCCACUGUUGCGGCUAGGUGGUGGCAGCAAUAUAUGGCGUUGCCUUGGCCUGAUCGAUUGAUUUUGACCGUUGCUGCCUAUAUUCAGGGUACUGAUUCGGAAUCCCGAAAGUUAAAGAAAACUUUAGUUCGCCAUUGCAAUCUAAUGGGUGUGUUGCUGAUACGUUCACUGGCGACUAGCGUCAGUAACCGUAAGAAAACCCUGGAGGACGCAGUCAAAUCAGGUUUUAUGACGAAAACGGAAAUGAGGUGUUACGAAUCGAUUGAAUCGGAUGUGAAUUUGUAUUGGUUACCUGGCCUGUGGUUCGCUCAGAAUUUGCAAGAAGCAUUUAUGAAAGGCCAUAUCAAGGAUACGUACGCCGUUAAACUGAUUAUGGAGGAAUUGUUAGAUUUUCGCGGAAAAUGUGGUACUUUAUGGACUUAUUCUUGGAUCAGUAUUCCACUUAUUUACACGCAGGUUGUGACUUUGGCUGUGUAUUCUUUUUUCUUUGCUUGCAUUAUGGGUCAUCAGCGUAUUGUCGACCAGACGUCUCCCGAGGAUGGUCUCACGGCAGACCUCUACUAUGGGCUUUCUCUAGUACUAAAGUUUUUUUUUUAUAUGGGAUUACUUAAGCUGGCUGAACAAAUGAUAUGUCCCUAUGGCAAUGGUGAUGAACAUUUCGAUGUAGACUUCCUGUUAAACCGUCACGCCGAGGUCAUACAAUUAGGUACCGAUACGUUAUCGGAACAAUGUCCUUUAGCCUCCCAAGAGCUCCUUAGUCAGGGAGAAAACAGUCUCGAGGAAAAAGAUCCGGAUAAUGAUGAGGAGCAGAAAAUGAAAUCCACCGACUAUCCAUACGAUUCAGCUGCGUUGAGGAAGUUCAGCGCCUUAAACAACCUACGUCGUCCUACGAGAGUGUCACUCCAGAACGGUAACGCUGCGGUUCCAUCUUUCGCCAACAGUGACGCAACUUUACAGAGUGUUCAACAUGAACCAGAUAACCCAUCACAUUCCCAUAGCGAAAUCUCUACAACGUCCAGGAUGCCUAUGCAAAACGCUGCCAGGCAGGGAUUUGCAAGAUACUUGAAAAACUCAACUGGUAUUUGUAAAAUAUCUUCGAGACGAACACAUGUAGAAACCAGUGACAAUCAACAAUCAUCCGUACAUUUAUAGCGGCUGCCUUGUAUCCUUGAUGCUUAAAUCGUAAAGUUUCUAGUCUUUUUCCUUCUCUGCUCCCUUUUUACAAUAAAAAAAAAAUGCGUUUAUACUGUCUAUAAAAACCUAUAGAUUUUCUAUAACUCUUUUGUUAGUUUAUGGUUUCGUAGUUUUACCUCUUCAAAUUUAUAAUCCGAAUGAUGAACUAAAAAGGCUAUGCUGAAUAAUAAAUUUUUAAAAAUUUCUUUUAA